AUGAAUGAACUGUCAUUACUCUUUCUUCUGCCCCUAUCUCUAGCCACUUUCCAUGGAGUCAAAGGUUGUCUUGAAUGUGACCCAAAAUUUAUAGAGGAUAUUAGGACCUCUAUUGAAAAACUGUUGCCCCUAGAAGUCCCUGGCCGAAAUUAUGUGCUUGAACGACAGUUAAAAGAGAUGAUCCAUAUAAAUUCCAAAGUCUCCCAUGGGGACAAGAUGCUUCGGAUAUUGGAUGUCCACAAUGUUGUCCACUUGAGAUCGUGGCUGAAGCAAGAAUUUGAGAAACUGAGUGGUGGAAAAUGGAAAGGUGCCUUUAUCCUUCAAGGCAAGCUUCUUGAAGUCCGGCAAAACCUGGAAUCCAAAUUGAAAGAAACUUUAAAGACCUUCUCUGAAGUUGCUUGUUCUGAAGAUUGCAUUGUGACUGAAGGUCCCAUUCUUGAUUGCUGGACCUGUCUUCGUAUCACGUCACAUUGCUUCAGAGGGGAGUAUUGUGGAGAGGAUUCAAGGAAGGCUGAGAGGCGAGAGAUUGCACUGUUUCUGAUAUUGCUGACAGAAGUUGUAGUAUUUGGAAGCACUUUGUUACUAUUCCAUGUCUGUGUGUCUCAUCGGAGGAAGAUGAAGGCAAUAAGAAGAUCACUAAAGAAAUAUUUGGAGAAGAAACUUGAAGAAUUAAUGGAGAUGGCAGAGGAGAAGAAAGGGAAAGAUUUUGGAAACAGAAAAUAA